CACGUCAAAGCAAAAAUAAACCGGUUCCUUCUUGCUUUCAUCAGAGAUCUGUCCAGAAAGAAAUUUCGUCCAACAUGAAUUUCGACGGUAAAGUUGUUUUAAUCACGGGAGCUUCGUCCGGAAUCGGCGAGGGCACCGCCAAGUAUCUAGCCAAGCUGGGGGCCAAUCUUGUUUUGACGGGAAGAAACGUCGACAAUCUGAACAAAGUUGGUGCGGCCUGCGAGUCGGUCAAUAAUAAGAAGCCAUUGUUGCUGGUGGCGGACGUCACGAAAGUUGAAGAUAACAAGAAAGUCAUCGAGGAGAUUAUCUCCAAGUAUGGCAAACUGGACGUUCUGGUGAACAACGCCGGUAUUAUUGGCAAUGGUUCCAUUGAGGACACGAGUUUGGAACAAUAUGAUGAAAUAAUGAAUACCAAUGUGAGGGCGGUGUACCAUUUGACCAUGCUGGCGGUUCCGCACUUGGUGCAAAGUAAGGGAAACAUCGUUAAUUUGAGCAGCGUAGCGGGAAAUAGGUCAUUCCCCGGAAUCUUGGCGUAUGGAAUGUCCAAAGCGGCCAUCGAUCAAUUUACUAAGUGUACAGCGUUGGAAUUGGCCCCGAAACAAGUCCGCGUCAAUGCGGUCAAUCCGGGAGUCAUCGUUACCGACAUUCAUAAACGCGGCGGAAUGAGCGAAGAAACGUAUGCAGCUUUCUUGGAGAAAUGCAAGCAAACCCAUGCCUUGGGACGACCGGGAACUCCGGAGGAAGUUGCUGCUACAAUUGCAUUUUUGGCGUCCGAUGCUGCCAGCUUCAUAACUGGAGUAACACUCAAUGUGGACGGUGGUCGCCACGCCAUGUGCCCACGAUAAAAUAAAACUUUUUGUUGGAGUAUUGUCUUCGUGUCAGUAUGUGCCUUUAUUAAAGAGAAUGUUGCAAAAUCA